AUGGCAAACAUCCUGGGACUCUACAAGCUCCCACAGAUCACCUAUGGCCCGUUCGAUCCGGUCCUGAGCGACAAGACCCAAUUUCCAUCUCUCUAUCAGGUGGCCCCCAGGAUCUCCUCUCUGCCUCGGGGGAUAGUCCGUUUAAUGGUACAUUUUGGCUGGACCUGGGUUGGGCUGCUGGUGUCAGAUGAUAUGAUAGGAGAGAGAUUCCUCUCGGAUGUGACCGCGGAAAUGGUCAGGAAUGGUGUCUGUGCAGCUUUUACCAUAAAGAUCCCCAGUGAGAGCUUCCACAUUAAUUUAGCCUGGAAAGUCUACUACAGGGUCACGGCUACAUCAGCCACAGUGAUGGCUGUCUACGGGGAUGCAGAGUCCCUAAGCCUCCUGAGAGCUGCGAUAGAGAGAUUUGGACUAUCCAAGAUGGUUUUGAUCACCACCUUUAACUGGGACUUUACUUUGAACAUUAAGAAAGUAACAAACUACAACUUUCAUGGAACUUUCACAAUGGCAAACCUUGUUAAAGAAGUUCCCCAUUUCAGGGAUUUUUUACAGACAGUUAGACCAGAGAAAUACCCAGAAAUCAUUGUCUUGAAGGAGUUCUGGGAGUCUGCCUUUGACUGUUCCUUUUCAUUUCCUAAACCGGGUGGAAGAAAAUGCUCAGAAAAUGCUUCCUUGGAGUUGCUGCCUGUGCACCAUUUUUCCCUGACGAUGUCUGCCCUGAGUUACAGUGUGUACAAUGCCAUGUAUGCUGUAACUCAGGGUCUCCAGGAGUUGCUCCUGUCCUGCUCAGACCUGGAAUCUCGGGGAAACAAGGAUUGUCUGGUUUCUCAUCUGUGGCAGCUCCAUGAGUUUCUGAGAAAGGGUCAGUUUGACAACCCUGUCGGGGAACUGGUGAUUCUGGACGAGAACCGCAGAUCUGCUGCAAAAUUUGACAUUCUGAACUUUGUAAUUUUUCCCAAUGGAAAUGGUGAGUUGGUGAAAGUCGGGGAGGUGGACCCCCAGGCACCCCCCGACCAAGACAUCAUCAUCAAUGAGACAAUGAUCGUGUGGCCUGGGGGAGCCUCUCAGGCUCCACAUUCGCAGUGCAGCAGGAGCUGUGGACCAGGAUUCACGAAACGUGCUCAGCAAGGGGCGGCUGCCUGCUGCUAUCUUUGUGUCAGGUGCCCAGAGGGAGAGAUUUCCAAUCAGACAGACGCAAAGCAGUGUGUGAAGUGUCCUGAAGAUCAGUAUUCAAACAUUGCGAGAGAUGGCUGCCUUCACAAAGUGGUGACUUUCUGUCCCCCAAAGAACCACUGGGGAUGA